CACAUGAGUCCAUUCUGCAUUGCAGGUCAAGCAGGCAGAGCGCAGCAGAGGCCUCUGUCACUGCCGUCAUGCCGUUCCCAUUUGGCAAGUCUCACAAAUCUCCAGCAGACAUCGUGAAGAACCUGAAGGAGAGCAUGGCUGUUCUGGAAAAGCAGGACAUUUCUGACAAAAAGGCAGAAAAGGCCACGGAAGAAGUUUCCAAAAAUCUGGUUGCCAUGAAAGAAAUUCUCUAUGGCACAAACGAGAAGGAGCCACAGACAGAAGCAGUAGCUCAACUUGCUCAAGAAUUAUACAAUAGUGGGCUUCUUAGCACCCUGAUAGCUGAUUUACAGCUCAUUGACUUUGAGGGCAAAAAAGACGUGGCUCAAAUUUUCAACAAUAUUCUCAGAAGACAAAUUGGUACAAGAACUCCUACUGUUGAAUACAUCUGCACCCAACAGAAUAUUUUGUUCAUGUUAUUGAAAGGGUAUGAGUCUCCAGAAAUAGCUCUAAAUUGUGGAAUAAUGUUAAGAGAAUGCAUCAGACAUGAACCACUUGCGAAAAUCAUUUUGUGGUCGGAACAGUUUUAUGAUUUCUUCAGAUAUGUGGAAAUGUCGACAUUUGACAUAGCUUCAGAUGCAUUUGCUACAUUCAAGGAUUUACUUACAAGACAUAAAUUGCUCAGUGCAGAAUUUUUGGAACAGCAUUAUGAUAGACUCGCACAGGUGUUUGUGGCCAAUCCCAACAAGACACAGCCCAUCCUGGACAUCCUGCUCAAGAACCAGACCAAGCUCAUCGAGUUCCUCAGCAAGUUCCAGAACGACCGGACCGAGGACGAGCAGUUCAACGAUGAGAAGACCUAUUUAGUUAAACAGAUCAGAGAUUUGAAGAGACCAGCACAGCAAGAAGCCUAAUUUCCAAUAAACACCUACAAUAUUAAACCCAAAUUCAGCAUUUGCUGUUAGCUAUUCAGCAUCAGGCACUCUUAUCGAUUCAUGAGGAACAUUACUGCUAAUCUGCUGUUAAGUGAACGGUUUUCAUUUUACCUUUUUGUUUUUCAGUCCAGGUUGGAGAACGUAGCUGCUGCUGCCUGCACGCUAGCGCACAUGUGGGCUUUUUUCCCUUGAUCUUUGUGUCAUUCAGAAUUCAAAGACUCUGUUUACUACAGGAGUUGUGAACAUGGCUGUGUUCAUGAGGGCAGAUGUAUGGAUGAGAAUGGCAUCGGGAAGAGGGCAUCGCUAUUACCAGCCAACCCCGUGUGUCUGCAUUGCUCCUCCGUGAAGAUGGGCGUGGGGGGUGGCGCUCGCCUGGCACCCUUGCCACCCACCAUCCGCCUUCGCUAAGGGAGCUGGCACGUGCAGAGCAUUUUGGAGAUCAGAGGGAUCUGUGUCCACGAUGUGAGCUUGGGGGAGGAUAAAGUUGACGUGCAAAUAAAUUGAUACUGAAACAGCAACUUCUCCAGAGUGUGAAGCUUCAUAAGGUCAUAAGGAAAAAAAAUGUAUAUAUGCUUUUCACAGCUUUCUAGAACUUUCUGACAUUUGAUUUUCUUGAGACUUGUAAACCUGGAUAUGUUGAAGGGUAUAUGUUCAUUUUACUUUUUUGAAGGUAUUUUAAAACAGUAGAACUAGCAACGACACCCUGCAUUUCAUUUCAACACUGCUUACAGGUUUCUUUUGUAUAUAAUUCCUAGAGUGCUCAUUUCUUCUUUUAAAAUGGUUUAAUUUGUACAGCAGAGGAAUGUUAUUGUAGCAGUAUGUAACUAUACCUAAUACUGGGGUUUUGCAAAAAAAAUGAAUGCUCAUAUGUAAUUGAAAUACUUCAGAUCACAUGAAAAUGCUGAUUCAACAUUUAAGGAUCAACCACAUUAAAA